CAGUUUUUAAGUUGUGUGUAGUCUGAACGGAACUCACAAGGAGUUACUGAUUUGUGUUUUAAUACGCCGUUUUGUUUAUAUAAUAUUUGUUGUUUAUCCAUAAAGUAAUGGCAAAAGGAGAAGGAACCGAACUAUAUUCCAACAACAGUUUAUUAACGAAUAAACCGGUCAACCCAGAUGUGGUCAAAUUAGCUGUGAAGUGUGAACAGAGGAACAGGUUGUCCAUAUGCAACAAGCUGUGCUACGCGGUGGGAGGAGCGCCCUAUCAGAUCACAGGCUGCGCUCUGGGCUUCUUCCUCCAGAUAUACCUGCUGGAUGUGGCUCAGUUGGACCCAUUCUAUGCGUCGAUCAUCCUGUUCGUUGGGAGGGCCUGGGACGCUAUAACGGACCCCACCAUAGGCUUCCUGGUCUCCCGCUCCCCCUGGACACGCUUCGGACGCAUGCUGCCAUGGAUCCUGUUCUCUACUCCUCUAGCAGUGGUCAGUUAUUUCCUUAUCUGGUAUGUUCCUACGUUUGAGAACGGGAGGGUCAUCUGGUACCUGGUCUUCUACUGCCUCUUCCAGACCCUCCAGACGUGUUUCCAUGUGCCCUAUUCAGCUCUAACCAUGUUCAUCAGUGAAGACCAGAAGGAAAGGGAUUCUGCCACUGCUUACAGAAUGACUGUGGAGGUUAUGGGUACUGUGAUUGGCACAGCCGUCCAGGGUCAGAUUGUGGGCAUGGCCAACGCCCCCUGUAUCCCGGCGCCCGGUGAUAAUGUCACGGCCGACGGGCUAAACUCCUCCCUGCUGCUGGGACAGGAAGUCAACGCCACGACCACGGUCAUCACCCUGGACCAAACGAAAGCGGCCUACAUGAUAGCCUCCGGUGCCAUCUGCUCCAUCUACGUGCUCUGUGCCGUGGUACUGUUCCUCGGAGUCAAGGAGAGGAAAGAGUCGUCUCGCACCCCCCGGUCAGAGCUCAUGUCGUUCUGGCAGGGUAUCAGACUGGUGAUGGGCCAUGGACCAUAUGUCAAGCUGGUCAUGGGCUUCCUCUUCACCUCACUGGCUUUCAUGCUCCUGGAAGGGAACUAUGCUCUGUUCUGCUGCUACACUCUGGGCUUCAGGAACGACUUCCAGAACAUUCUACUGGUCAUCAUGCUCGCUGCGAUGCUCACCAUCCCCUUCUGGCAGUGGUUCCUCACCAAGUUUGGCAAGAAGACAGCCGUGUACAUCGGCACCUCUUCUGUGAUCCCCUUUGUGAUCCUGGUGGUGUGUGUGGAGAAGAAUCUCAUAAUUACCUACAUCGUGUCGUUCGCUGCCGGGGUCGGAGUCGCUGCUGCCUUCCUGUUGCCAUGGUCCAUGCUGCCAGACGUGGUGGAUGACUUCCAGGUCAGGAACCCAGACUCUCAGGGCCACGAGGCCAUCUUCUAUUCCUUCUAUGUCUUCUUCACCAAGUUUGCCUCUGGAAUCUCCCUGGGGAUCUCUACUCUCAGCUUGGAUUUUGCUGGGUAUAUGACUCGAGGUUGCACCCAGCCUGAGAACGUGGAUAUAACCCUGAAGGUUCUGGUCUCCGCGGGGCCCAUAGGACUCAUUCUGAUUGGCCUGGUCAUAUUCCACUCUUAUCCAAUCGACGAAGAGAGGAGGCAGGGCAACAGGAAGCUGCUGCAGGAGCAACGGGGAAAUGAGUCCGACUCAGAAACCAACCCCACAGAACUAACCAACAUGGUUAGGUUCUAGAACACUCGUGGAUCUAUGGGGUGACGGAUUGUUGCUUGCACUGGGUGUGGCUAAUGAGGGGGGGGGGCUGGACCUAUCACGAUGAGGGAGAUACUGCGCCCAUCCAAUCACACUGCUGCUUCAGGUCUCUGAACUUAAAAGGUUCACUUACAUAACAGAGGACAAAACAGAAAAAAAAAAGUCUGAUAAAACUGCAGUUUGGCAAGGAACGACAACAGCAUAUCUUACCCCAUGGCAAAGGAAGCAUAUGACGGACGCCCACUUCAGCUAUGACACAUUUUUCCAACAGACGUCACCCACUCUGUCAAAUGUCAAAAGGCAACCUAUUUCCUAGCGCACUACACUUUAAUGGCAUAAAAGUAGCGUGCUCUAUGGGGACUCUUUGAAGUGCCAUUUCAGACCUUUUUGUUGUCUGUGAAUGUUGCACAAAACCUUGUGAUGUGUACUGUUGUGUAACAUUGUUGGUGUAUGUUGCAAAUGUUGACAAUUGCUAUCAGGACUAUCUAUUGUAGGUAUAACUUGACAAUGACUUUAGACACCGUUCUAGAGCAGUUAGAUUGUUCUAGUGCAAUCUAACCAAUCUACAAAGUUCUGACCUCCAUGUGUGUAUUGAGCUCAAAACCUUUAAUUGGAAAGUUAAUUUUAAAAAAUUUUAAUGGUAAAUUAUCAGUCGUCUCUUUUUUUAAAUGCAUGUUGGGGGUUUUUUUGGCCCCCGAAAAAGAGAAGCAAGUCAAAGUAUUGGAAAACGGGGUGUGGAGUGAAUUGCCUGUAUUGUGAAGUCUCUCUUAGUUUGUGUGUUAUUAUAUUGAAAGUGGCCACAGGAUGUCAGUUGAUAUUGACCUACAGAGAAAAACACUGGACUAGGCCUGUACAUCGCUGUCCCAUGGAAAAGAUCAUCCUACAUUUCAUGUCUUCACCAGAUAUGGAAUAUACACUGAACAAAAAUACAAAUGCAACAAUUUAAAGAUUGAAAGUUAAUUUAAAAAAUGUAAUGGUAAAUUACAGUUCAUAUAAGAAAUGUAUUAGGCCCUAAUCUAUGGAUUUCACAUGACUGGGAAUACAGAUAUGCAACUGUUGGUCACAGUAUUUGGUGUACCACCAUUUUCCUCAUGCAGCGUGAGAUAUCUCCUUGAUCGCAUAGAGUUGAUCAGGCUGUUGAUUGUGGCCUGUG